AUGGAGCGUAUUUUCAAAGCAAUCGGUCGUUCGUCCGCCGUCCCUCUGCCUUUUUCCCCAUCGUUCCCACCUAAGAUUUUGGACGCUGAACAGACAGAACAGUUGGAAAAACGAGCCGAAAAAGUGCGCUUGAGACAAAUGCACUCGGAUGAAAUGCGUGCCGCACAUCAGGCGAUUGAAGAGGUGAAACUAAUACAAAAAGAACAGGACGAUUGGAACAAUUGGUUAACACUUGUCAAAACACAAGAAUAUCAAUGCGCACAAGCACGCGCGUUACCAAUGCGCCAUUAUCUAAUGAAGUACGUGAUGCCGGAAUUAACCAAAGCUUUACUGGAUUGUUCUACGUUACGUCCGGACGAUCCGAUUGAUUUCAUAUCCAUCCGUGUGCUGGCGGCACUCCUGUUGUGCAGUCAAAGUUUACUGGACCUGCCUAAGACUCACGGUUGUAGACAAGGUGUGGUUUCUCGCUCGGGUUAG